GUGGCCGAACAGGGGUCUUCUCUGUAAAAUUGUAUAUUUGUAUUGGUCCUCUGGUGGAAAGAAAGGAGGAAGAGGGCUUCGUGUUCAUGAAAAAUGGCAUUACAAGCUGGAGUUCAAACCUCCAAAAUUCUUAUACUUGUUGGAGCGGGUUUGACUGGCUCCGUUGUGUUGAGGAGCGGACGGUUGUCUGAUCUCAUUCAACAGCUUCAGGAAUUGCUGAAAGGUGUGGAUGAAGCAGAAAUUUCACCUGGCCGAUAUGACACCGCAGCCAUUGCUGCUCAGAUUCGACAACUAGCUCAAGAGAUUAGGGAGCUGACCAUAUCCAAUCCUGUUACUAUCUUCAAUGGCAACUCUUCCUCUAAUGGGAGUUAUGCAUCUUACAUAUUACCAGCCGCUGCAAUAGGAGCUAUGGGAUAUUGUUACAUGUGGUGGAAGGGAUGGUCGUUUUCUGAUGUAAUGUUUGUGACAAAGCGUAAUAUGGCCAAUGCUGUUGCAACUGUGUCAAAGCAAUUGGAGAAUGUACAUGAAACAUUAGCUUCAACUAGAAGGCAUCUAACAAAGAAACUGGAAGUUUUGGACCUGAAAGUUGAAGGGCACAAUGAAUUAACCCAGCUUAUUGCAAAUGAUGUGACUGAAGUGAAGUCAAACCUUUCACAAAUUGGGGGGGAUUUUGAACUCAUCCAUGAAAUGAUUUCCAGCCUGGAAGGAAAGCUCAAGCUUGUUGAAAGCAAACAGGACAUAACUAACUCAGGUCUUUGGUAUCUGUGCCAAUUAGCGGAUGGGUUUAAAGAGCAGCCAAACAGUAAAAUCUUCAAGGAAGUCAGCACAGAACUUGCAAGCCAUUCAACGAUGGCUCUUGAGGGGAAAUCAUCACUCAAGGGGCUGCAAUUCAUUACUGAAACAACAGACACAGUUCAGAAGUCAGUCACACACACAAAGAAAGGUGGUCUCAGUUUUGCCAAUGAAAAAGAACCGUUGUCGAGAGCAAGAAUACACAGAUCAUUCCCAGUUAACGUGUCUCUGGGCAGGGACAUCAUUGGUUAGCUGUGUGAUUAGCCCUUUGCUUCAACCAUGAUUCAUUGCCUGCUUGAUUCUGCAGAACUCAAAUUCAUGAAGACUUUUUCCCUUGGGAAGGAAGUAUAUAAAGUUAUGUCAUUUCUUUAAAAAGACACAAAAGGAAGGGAAACAAACUCGGUAUUAAUGAAACAACAACAAUUUACCGGGGGUUUUAUUUAUUUUAUUUUAUGAUAAAGGAGGAAGCAGAUGUCAGAGAAAGAAAUAAGGAAAAUGGUAGUUACUAAGUCUAA